ACUAACUCGCCAAGUUGUUUGCUUGCAUAUUCAGUUCUGCAUCAGAAAAAAAGGAAAAAUCGUCAGCCAUGUCUGGAAGAGGAAAGGGAGGCAAAGGGCUCGGAAAGGGAGGUGCCAAGCGACACCGUAAGGUUCUGAGGGAUAACAUUCAGGGAAUCACAAAGCCCGCGAUUCGCCGUCUCGCUAGACGUGGUGGCGUUAAACGUAUCAGUGGUCUCAUCUACGAAGAAACUCGUGGUGUUCUCAAGAUCUUUCUGGAGAACGUGAUCCGAGAUGCUGUCACCUACACCGAGCAUGCUCGCCGCAAGACUGUGACCGCCAUGGACGUUGUCUACGCUCUCAAGAGGCAGGGCAGGACCCUCUACGGUUUCGGUGGUUUCGCCAAGUUGUUUGCUCGCAUAUUCAGUUUUGAAUCAGAGAAAAAGGAAAAAUCGUCAGCCAUGUCUGGAAGAGGAAAGGGAGGCAAGGGGCUCGGAAAGGGAGGUGCCAAGCGACACCGUAAGGUUCUGAGGGAUAACAUUCAGGGAAUCACCAAGCCCGCGAUCCGCCGUCUCGCUAGACGUGGUGGCGUUAAACGUAUCAGUGGUCUCAUCUACGAAGAAACUCGUGGUGUUCUCAAGAUCUUUCUCGAGAACGUUAUCCGCGACGCUGUCACGUACACCGAGCACGCUCGCCGCAAGACCGUCACCGCCAUGGAUGUUGUCUACGCUCUCAAGAGGCAGGGCAGGACCCUCUACGGUUUCGGUGGUUAGAGAAUUGGGGAUUUGUACAAUGCCUCGGAAAUUAGGUUUCUUGUAAUUUCAAUUUCAUUGUCGAUAUUGCUUACUGUUUCAAGAAUUGGUCUUGCUUGGCUUUGAGAUGUAGCUGAGAGAAUUAUUAAAUUCAGUGAGAAUGAAUUGGACAUUUUGAAGGAAA